AUGAAUGUGGAGACCCGUAUUUCUACAAUCAAAAGGUACGGUUAUUGCUACAAUUGUUUAGCUACAUCACACAGCUACAAGAAUUGUAUCAGUAAAUACUCAUGCCGUAAAUGUCACAAAAAACAUAAUACCCUGAUACAUAAAGAAAUUAGACCUCAACCUGAAUCAACCCCGGAAACCCCAAAAGCGACCAGUUCAACUGCUGCUACCACGGCAAAUACCACAACACCUACCCAAAAUUCAAAUCAGCAAGCCUACACCACAACGAUACAGUCCACUGAACUCUCAACACAAGACCCACACAACCCAAGUAGGAAGCAGAUAUUAUUGGGUACUGCAAUGGUACAAGUAGAACAUAAUGGUCAGCGAUUUUCAGCAAGAGCUCUUAUAGAUUCAGGAUCAGAGGCGACAUUUAUAUCUCAAAGACUUCAACGAAGUCUGGAUAUACCCACCCACUCUGUAUCAGCACAAGUGACUGGACUAAACAAUGCGGUUUCAGCAACACUUACGAAAAUUUGUAAUAUAACGCUUUGUUCACACACAAAUGCAAAUUAUAGAAUAUCAACUCAGGCAUUCAUUCUGAAUAGCCUUACCGAUAAUUUACCCUCAUACCCGAUAGACCCUACUCUGUGCCUAAAGAACCUCGGCUUCACGCUAGCAGAUGCACAAUUCCACAAACCAAGACCCGUGGAUAUAUUAAUUGGUAGCGAUAUCUACCCAAAUAUCAUACUAAGUGGAGUAAAACGAAAUAUUUUAGGCUCACUCCUAGCCCAAGAAACGAAAUUUGGAUGGAUUUUAUCCGGACCCAUUACCCAACCCACCCAAAACUCUUCAAUAGUAUCAUUUCACAAUAAAAUGAACCCUGAGUAUCUACUCACACGCUUUUGGGAGGUGGAGGAAAUCCCAAAGGAUUCCAUAAUUUCAACAGCAGAUAAAUUUUGUGAGGAAAAUUACGAAAAAACAACCCGACGUAACUCAAAUGGGCGCUAUGUAGUAACCCUGCCAUUCAAAGAACCCACAAAUAUUGAUAUUGGACAAUCUAGACACAUAGCAUUAGCUCAAUUCCUCAGAAAUGAAAGGUCUUUACUCAAAAGACCCGAUGUAAAGGCCGAAUAUGAUAAAGCAAUUAUGGAAUAUUUGGAACUUGGACAUAUGAAAAAGGUCAAAAAUGAACCCGCAGAUAAAGCGACGCAAUAUUACUUACCACAUCACGCAGUCAUUAAACCCGACCGUAUUACUACGAAAUUGCGUGUGGUAUUUAAUGCGUCUUGCCCCACGUCAAAUCACAAAAGUUUAAAUGACAUUUUACACAUCGGACCCACUUUACAAAAAGACCUAGUGAUUCUAAUCACAAACUGGAGACUCUUCCAAUUCGUUUUUAAUGCGGACAUUCAAAAAAUGUACCGACAAAUAUUAGUGGACCCUAAACACACUCGGUUCCAAAGGAUCCUCUUCAGAAAGACCCCGGAAGACACUAUAGAAGACUUCGAACUCCAAACGGUUACGUUCGGCAUAAACUGCGCACCAUACCUAGCAAUCCGAACCCUCAUGAAGUUAGCCGAUGAUGUACAGGAAACUCACCCAUUAGCAGCGAAAAUUCUGCGUCAAGAAAUGUAUGUGGACGACGUUUUAGCAGGAACCCAUGACAUAACCACCGCAAAAUCUGCACGAGAUGAACUAAUUUCUGCUCUACAACUCCCAGGAUUCGCUUUAAGAAAAUGGACCUCAAAUCACCCACAUAUUCUCAAAGGACUUCCACACGAUCAUCUAUUAGAUACAGAAACUCUCAACCUUUCUGAACCCGGAAACACAAAAACACUAGGAAUUCGAUGGAAUUCAAAAAAGGAUUCAUUCUUCUUUCGCGUGGACCCAAUGGAGAAAAGACCCGCAUAUACCAAACGUGAAGUUUUAUCAGCCAUAGCAAAAUUAUUUGACCCAGCUGGUUGGCUUAGUCCCAUUAUAAUAUCGGCAAAAAUAAUUAUGCAACAAAUAUGGCUUGAUAAAUCUGACUGGGAUGAAAGUUUAAAGCCACUCACCCUUCAUCGAUGGAAUAGCUUUGUGAAAGAAUCUGAAAAUAUAAAUCAAAUCGAGAUACCUCGUUGGACUCACUUCUCUCCGUCAGCAAUCAUCGAAUUUCACGGUUUCUCCGAUGCCUCAGAGAAAGCAUAUGCUGCAACACUAUUCAUACGAGUCUUAAUUGGUGACAAAAUAUGGACAACUCUCUUAGUAUCAAAGACUAGAGUUGCUCCUAUUAAAACCCUAUCGCUACCCAGAUUGGAACUCUGCGGAGCUGUUCUGCUAGCCAAUCUUACUAAGUCUACUCUAACCCAAUUAAACUUAAUCCAAUAUAAAAAUUAUUUCUGGACAGACUCUACAAUAGUUCUAGCUUGGUUAAGCAAACCACCCUGUUCAUGGACCACAUUCGUUUCUCACCGAGUCGCUGCGAUUGCCGAGAAAGUCGGAGUCGAAAAUUGGCACCAUGUCGAGAGUCAAGACAAUCCCGCAGAUUUGGCAAGUCGAGGAUGCACACCCACGGAACUUAUAAAUUGCAACCUUUGGUGGCAAGGACCCGAAUGGCUACAACGUAGAAAAGAAGAAUUUCCAAUAACUGAAAAUUCCUACAACACUACCCUAGAAUACAAAACAGUUAAGACGUUUGCGAUUACGACACAAGAGGAUAUUCUUGAAAGAGAAAUGGCUCCAACCACCAUUAAGACAUUAAAUGCUCGACGAAAUAGUCUAACGUCUACCAUACUAUCUCGUGGUGUAAGACGUAGUAUUACACCAACACCAGAAGACGAAACAAUGUCUCGACACAUACAACGUUUUCAUUCAACUCUACCCACUAUCCGUGAAGAAAAUGAUAGCGAUCUCCAUACGACCCGAAAAACCAUAACCCACCGAAGAACAACUCAUCGUCAUAUUGCUUGCGGAUUGUGCAAAAAGGAUCACCGGUUAGCCACUUGUACCAUGUACUUGUCGCCAGAUCCCACAGGACGGAAGGAUGCACCAGUAAGAACCGAUGCUCCACUUGCAAUGGGAAGCACCAUACAACCCUACAUGGUCACCCAAGGUUAUACACAGCUAACGAAGUAA